AUGGCGGACAUCGAGGAUUUGGCGGCCUUGGCAACGGAGUGGAGCCGCUCCAUCCGCGCUCCAGCGUCUCUGCAAGAGGUGGUGACGUCUGGUAACUGCGUGGGGUGCGGCAUUUGCGAGGGCAUCGUGGGGCCCGAGUUCAUCCGCAUGGAGGUGCAGCCGCCAAAGCAGCGCAUGCGCCCGGUGUUCCUCAAGGAGGCGGAGCCAAAGCUGCUCCAGAAGGCGCUGGCCGCCUGUCCCGGUGCCAAGGUUGGCAGCCUGCCAGGUUGGGCGCCUGCCACCGGCAUGGAGGCCUUCGUUGGGAAGGCCAUCUCCAUCCAGCGGGGCUACGCCACAGAUCCGGAGACUCGCUUGAAGGCGGCUGCGGCUGGUGGCCUCACCACGCUUGGCUCGCACCUUCUCGACACCGGGAAGGUGGCCUUCGUUCUGCACGUCAAGGCCUGCGCCCUCUACAGCGACGUCUCCGCCCAGGGCUCCAAGUUGAGCUUCACCGCCGCGGAGGUCUUCGAGGGCAAGGGCUCCCGGUACGGCCCCACAGCGCCCCUCAAGUCCUUGGAGGAUGCUUUGAGCCGCAAUCAACCCUUUGCACUCGUCGCGAAGCCAUGUGACAUCAACGCGAUGCGCAACUGCGCUCUCGUAGAUCCUCGCGUGGACCAACUCUGCAAGUACAUGAUGACCAUUUCCUGCGGCACAUUUGCAGACAAUGAAUGUGUAGACAAAUUCCUUUCGAAGAACAAGGUGGACCCCUCCGAAGUCGAGGAGUUCCGCUGGCGGGGCCACGGUUGCCCUGGCGCUUGCCCCUAUCUCCGGACCAAGGACGGACGUGAGGUGUCCAAAGACUACGUGGACUUCUGGUUUGAGAAUGGCCAAGAGCUUGGGCCGCUGACGUAUCAGUGGCGCUGCAAGAUGUGCGCCGACUUCAUCGGCUACGCAGCGGAUGUGGUGGUCAUGGACUGCUGGCCCGGGGGCUUGCCGCAGCGGCGGCAUGAGAUCACGGAGGAUCGGAAGCACGAGUGGGACGGCUGGGUGCUGAUUAUUGCUCGCACAGAGCGGGGCCAGGAGCUUGUGGACUCUGCCAAGGAAGCCGGGAAGUUGACCUUGGGCCCAGCUGACCCUCGGGAGAUCCUGGAAACUCAGCCGCACCAGGCCCGACGCGCGGCCUCGCAGCUGGUGCGGCGCGCCGCCCACGCGGCCCGAGGCGCGCCGCUGCCGGAGCUCGACGCCGGCGCGGCGCUGCGGGUGGCGCGGUGGGCCCUUGACGCCAACUUUGUGGACGAGGUCAUGAAGACGGGCCCGCCUGCGCCCUCCGGCGACGCUGCCGGGCUGCGUGAGGUCCUGCCGCAGACCUUAGCUGAGGCGCUACUGCAGAUGCCCGAGCGGCACAUCGCGUACCACCUGGACAACUUCAAAGGCACGGCGAAGCGCCUAGCACGUGGCGAUGCUGUAGAGCCAUGCUGCCUGGGUAAAUUGUAG